AAGGAUUGUCCCACCCCCAGCCUCCUGCUCCUGGGCGACUGGCCCGAAAUCCCCUGGGGGUUCUCAGCUCUCUUUCCAGCUAAGGGAGGGGAGGUGAGUAUGGCUGUAAACCCCCCAGUGUCCAGCUUGUCCCUGGGCAUCCCCAUGGCUUGGAGAAUGUCUGUAGAGGGUUGGGAGCUGCCUCCCAGGGUCUGCGUUUCCUUCUGUCUGUGGCCUGGGCUGUGGAGUGCAGCUGGUAAGUGUGGGACCCCAUCACUGUGGUCCAUGAGUGAACGGGCAUCUCUUGUGUGGGUGCCUGCAUCUCUCUGUGUCCCCAUCUUCAUUUUCACUAGGUGUUUGUCUCUGUCUCUGACUCUCCUCCUGUGUCUGCCUCUAUCUCUCAAUCUCCCCAUUUAUCUGUGUGUUUGUGUGCGCGUGUCUAUUUCCAUCUUUCUCUGUCUCUUCUCUUGUCUCUGUCUCUCCCUCUGGAUCUCACUCUCCCUGUCUAUCUCUGUCUCUGUCUUUCUCCAUGUCAUCGUUCCCCUCCUGGGGUUUCCCCAACCCCUCCUCACUGCAGCCGGAAGGAAGGGCUGACUGACAGGCUGUGCUGGGAAAGGCCACGGGGUCUCCACUUCUCCCUUUCGUGGCCUCUUCUCCCUGCCCGCACCCUCAGAGCCUUCCGCACCCUCGCCUUGGACUGGGGGCUCCUUUGCCAUCCCUGCUUGACUCUGUGGCCCCACAAACCAGCCAGGUGCUCCCCACCCCAGCUCCUGAAAGCAGAGCCCACUGGAACCAUGGUCCCAAAACUUCUCCUGACCCUCGCCCUCUGGGCCGGCUGUUCACUCUGCAGUGGGAGAGAAGGGACCCCGGCAGCCCCCACUCAGCCCCAGGUGCAGUGCCGGGCCGUUAGGUACCCGAUUGCUGUAGACUGCUUCUGGACCCUGCCGCCUGCUGCAAACUCCACCAGGUCCACAUCCUUCAUUGCCACAUACAGGCUUGGAGUGGUCGCCCAUGGGGAGAGCUGGCCCUGCCUCCAGCAGACACCAGAAGCCAACAGCUGCACAAUCCCAGAUGUCCAGAUGUUCUCCAUGGUGCCCUACAUGCUCAACGUCACAGCUGUCCACCCCUGGGGUGUCAGCAGCAGCUUCGUGCCCUUUGUCCCAGAGCACAUCAUCAAACCGGACCCUCCAGAAGGUGUGCGCCUGAGUCCCCUCCCUGGGCAGCAGCUGAGGGUGCAGUGGGAACCCCCCAGGUCCUGGCCCUUCCCAAAGAUCUUCUCCCUUAAAUACCGGGUCCGCUACAAGCGUCGUGGAGCUGCCCGCUUCCGCCAGGUGGGGCCCAUUGAAGCCACAUCCUUCACCCUCAGAGUUCUAAGGCCCCAAGCCAUGUACUGCAUCCAGGUGGCUGCUCAGGACCUCACGGACUAUGGGGAGUUGAGUGACUGGAGUCUCCCUGCCACUGUCUCGGUGACCCUGGGCAAGUAGCGGGAACUUUCCAGCAUCACAGAAGAGGGGCUGGGUCCUUGACUCCUCCCCCACUGCCAUCCAUUGAAAGGUAGAUGGGACCUGACUGGCCUGGCUUUGUUGCUGCUGAGUUGCUGGGCUACCUUGAACAAGUGACUUUGCCUCUCUGAGCCUUAGUUUCCUAACCUGUGAAAUGGAUGUACUCCCUCCUUUGACUACAGAACUGUGAAUAUGAGAUUUUUUUUAUUUCUUAAUUAGACAAAGACCGUUGUCACUGGAAUUGGACUCUUUCUCUUCAUUCAACAGACCCAGAGAGAAAUCUGAGAGGACAGGACAGAGCAGGACACACAUACUGUGAUUCGCCACUGCAUUGUAUGGAGUCAGGGUUGGACCAAAGGAAGAGACCUGGGCUGAGGGAGUUGGGGUAGGAGUGCCAUGGGUUCUACAUGGAUGAGAUCGUGGGGGUCCAUUCAGUAUAGCAGUUUAAUUCACCUCACCAUCUCAAAAGCUGCCCAGAUGUGAGCCCCACUGUGAGUGAAUACAAAUGGGACAUGAUUGUCUGGGAAAACUUCCCUGAGAAAGAGGCAAAGCAGCCAGGCCCUGAAGGAUUUUCUCAAACCUUGGGCUUGUCUAUGGAUUUCACUUAGGUCUCAUCUCAAAGGUCAUGUCCUCUGAGAAGCCUUCUCUGACCACCUCAUCUGUGGCAGGCAGAAUAAUGGCUCCCCAAAGAUAUCCAGGUCUUAACCCUCAGAACCUGUGAAUAUGGCACUUUACAUAGAAAAGGAGACUUUGUAGAUGUGAUUAAAUUAAGAAUCGUGAGGGCCAGCUGAGUGGCUCGUUGGAUAAGAGUUGUCUUG